UCUCUCUCUCGUCCACGUGGCUUACCACCUGCUGGGCCCACGAUUGAGUCAUCUGAAUUGUUGGUAUGUUGGCACGGCGUUGGACACACCAAGAUCGCCUAUUCAAGCAAAACCACAAACACCUUGUGUGCACAACCAACAACCACCAAUUCCGUCAAGAAUAGUGUGCAACAAAGAGGCGUUUAUCUGAUUUUCUCUAUUUAUUGCCUGCAAGUAGGAGAUCAAGAAGAAAAAGUAAAGCAAUGGUCUUCAUUUCAUAGUAAAAAAACCCCAGUAUGCUGGCUUUGAUCUUCCCAUCUAGGAGAUUAUCAGAGCUCCAUUGCCUCUGAAGGCUUUGCACUCUAUACUGGAUUUUUUAUUCUCACGAAUGGCUUCCAUACUUGGGGGUAAUCCAGCCGUUGUUCUGUCGAGGCCCACCAUUAAUUGACCAUGCCCCCAAAAUUUCUGAGGUUGGAAUAUUGCAGCCACCCAUCAAUAGCCCAAAAAAAAAAAAAGAGUUGGAGACUCUGAGGCAGACACUCACCCCUCAACCACAUCAAAGUUGUGAUCAUCAGGAAGGCCCCACCAUGUAGAUGGCCAAGGACCAAAAUGGACCCAGCCCAUUCAUCAGGACUGGAACUGAAAUAAACCUGAACUUUUCCCAUACCAUUGAAUUUUGGUAGCUAUGAGAUGGAGAUGAAUAGGAUUGAAACAUGCUCCUCUUUAGGCAGCAUUUGGCUCUCUUUCCACAUGCCCCUUUCCUCCAGACCCGAUCCCUCGUCAACGUAAAGCUGAAAUGGGUGAAAGACAGGAUCCUAGACUCUGUUAUCGUGGGGGAGAGAGAUCUCAAAGCUGCAUGCGAGCUCAAAGACAAGCUUGCUAACGCCCCCAAUGCCUCUCUCCCCAUCUACAAACUCAACAGACGCCGUAGGCAGCUUGGCCUUUCCCACAUAAGAGUCUCAGCCUUCAUCAGGCAAUACCCCAACCUCUUCCAUGAAUUCCCUGACGCACACAGUGCUCCUGUUUUCCGACUCUCCCAAGAAGCCCUCAAACUCCAUCAAGAAGAGCUCCAAACCCUCCAGGAAAAUGAACCAAACCUUGUCCAAAGACUUUGUAAACUACUCAUGCUCACAGCUGAUAGAACCCUCCCUCUCCAUACAAUCGAUCAACUGAAAUGGGAUAUGGGCUUGCCAUUUAAUUACCAAGAAACCUUGAUCCCACACUACCCACAAUUCUUCAAACUUAUCUGUCUCCCUGAUGAUCGACCCGGCCUUAAACUCCUGACCUGGGACCCACACUUUGCUGUCUCCGAACUACAGAAGAACAAUGGAGGCGGCAAUGGUGAGAUCUUGGCGUUUCCUGUGAAAUUCACCCGAGGGUUUGGAUUGAAGCGGAAAUGCAUGGCGUGGUUGGAGGAAUGGCAGCAGCUCCCCUAUACUAGUCCUUAUGUGGGUCCGUCCGGUCUCGAUCCCCGGACAGAUGUUUCUGAGAAAAGGAUUGUGGGUGUUUUCCACGAGCUUCUCCACCUCACGAUUGGGAGAAGGACGGAGAGGGCAAAUGUGAGCAACCUACGGAAGCCGCUCCAGCUGCCACAAAAGUUCACAAAAGUGUUUGGCCGCCAUCCAGGGAUUUUCUACAUCUCACAGAAGUGCAACACGCAGACAGUUGUGCUGAGAGAAGCCUAUGACGGCCGGGAAUUGGUGCAGAAGCAUCCACUUGUAGGGAUCAGAGAGAGGUUCAAGAGCAUGAUGAGGACAGGGAAGCUGGAUAGGAGCAGAGGAGUUUAUAAGAAGGUGCCGAAUGAUGAUAAAGAUGGAGAAGAUCACAGAUUAUCGCAUAUUUCUGAUGACGAUGAUUUUGAGAGUGAUGGAUUGACUAAGUAUGAAUGCAGUUCCGAUUGCAGUUUGCUUUCCGAUGAUGAUAUAGAUGAUGAUGUGGAAGCACCAUGCUGAAUGGCACUGAUGCACAAGAAAGAUUUGAAUCGGGCGGAGAAGAGCAAUCAAUUUUGGUUUGGUUGGCAAAGGAAUCACCGAAAUCCUCCAAUUGUUUUCUUUGGUGGAGUAGCUUUUUUGGAUCAGAUGCUCAUGGAAUGCCAGGUGAGUAGCUUUCUCAAUGCUGGAUUUUGAAGGCUGUUCGGAAUGAGUGGAAGACAGGUUUGCCUCUCCAACUGAAUGAAGGCCAUAUAACCCAACAAUCCCUCGUGAAGCUAGUUGUGGUUGGUGGCUAAUUUACUGCAAGUCGAUAGGUGGGUUUGUCCGUGGUUACAGGGUUCCUAUACACUAUGUAGCUGCCUUCCUGUGAAAUCAAGAUAGUAAUAGCCUAAAUAUGUUUGUUCACUACGUCAGUCGAGGUUUUGGGGGCAUCUUUCAUUCCCAAGUAAACUUCCGUUGACUCGGAUCCAUUGUUUAGGGCCAGUGAGGAAGGACAAUACAACAAUACAACAACAAAAUUUUGGUA